AUGCCUCCCACCCGCGCAACCAGAUCUAGCAGAGCUGGAAUAUCCCGACUGACACCGUCCAGUGCCACAUCAGCAAGCAUCAACCGACAAGCUUCGGACGCUCACCACCUGCGCAUCACUGUCAAAGCCCCUCCCAGCAAACUGCGCCAGGCCAUCUCCGGCGACGACCCCGAAUCUGACUUUCCCGACGCCGAUGACUCCCCUGAGCCUCCUGUAAGGACUGCGCGCUCAACUCGCAAUCCCCGUACCGUACUUGACAAUGAAUCCGACGAGGAACAAGAAGAGGAUGACGACGAUGAAGACGAGGAUGAGGAUGCCGAAGGAGAAGAAGAUGACUUGGAAAACACCGAAAUGAUGGAUGCUGAUGGGAGCGACGAAGACGCCGACGCAGAUGGAGACGAUAUGGACAUGGACUCUCCCCACCCACCACCUCCCGUCAUCCACGCCGCUUCAUCAAACAACACGACCAAAGGAAAGCCGAAAGUAAACCUUUCCGUCUCAGCACCACCACACAAAGGCAACCUCAAGAGUGUUGAAGCCAAAGAGUUGGAAGACGAUGACGAAGAUGACGACGAGGAGCUCUCUGAUCUUCAAUCUGGAGACGAGGACAUGCCAGGUGCCGAAGACGACGAGGAAGAGCUUGACAGCGACCUUGAAGGCGAGGACGGUGAUACUACCUUGGACCUCACAAAAUUGACCCGCCGUCAACGCGCCGUCUACGAUGAGGAGCAAGACAACAGUUUGAUGGCUCUCUCGAACGAGGCACAGAAGAAGAAGCAUCUUACUGCAGAAGAACACGCUAUGCGUAGAGCCGAAAUGGCAAGACGAAGGAAGAACCUUUCCGAGAAGCGAAACGAGGAAGAAAAGAUGGACACGAUCAACAAACUUCUCAAGAAGCCUGCUACAAAACGCCGGACUCGCGCUGAAAUCAUUGCCGCUCAGAACGCUGCAGAGGGAACCCCAACAUACACUGAGGACGGCGAAGAAUACUACUUCCCAGCAAAUCCCCUCUUUGUUCGUUACGUCAACAACAAGGCCGGAAGUCGUGUGGGUGUACCAUCUGAAUGGCUCGAAGAAGACCAGCCAGUCGCAAAAGUGCUGAGCAACGGUUGGAAAGCACCACCAAAGAUGGUCGAAGAGGUUUCGUAG